AUGGUCUCUGCGUCCAAAGCUGCCCGUCAGGCAAAGCGCGCCGCCGAGGGCGACGCCAAGCCCAAGAAGUCGGCCACUUCCAAGUUGUCGUCCAAGGCCAACUCCAAGAAUGCCUCCAAGGCCAACUCUGAGAAUGGCGACAACCCCGAGGACCUUGAGCUGAACGAGGAAGUCCAGAAGCUCACCCUCCAACAAGAUAAGCAUGGUCUGUCUGACCGUGUAACCACUGGUGUGCUUGCCUCGCUCGAGCAGUCGCGCGAUGUCAAGAUUAUCUCUGCGUCGCUCGUGUUCCACGGCAAGGUACUUUUCAACGACUCCACCAUCGAGAUCAACUACGGUCGCCGAUACGGUCUGUUGGGUGAGAACGGUUGCGGAAAGACGACGCUGCUCAAGGCCAUCGACAAGCGCGAGUUCCCCUUCCCAGAGCACAUCGACAUUUACCUGCUGAACCAGGGUGCCCCCAAGACUGAGUUGGGUGCCUUGGACUGGGUCGUCCGUGAGGCCGAGACUGAGCUGGCUCGUCUCGAGAAGAUGGCUGAGGACAUUCUUGAGAAGGACGGCCCUGAGAGCCCUCUCCUCGAGGAUAUCUACGAGCGUCAAGAAGACAUGGACCCAUCCACCUUCCACACUCGCGCUUCCCUCAUUCUUACUGGUCUUGGUUUCAACAAGGUCACCAUCAACAAGAAGACAAAGGACAUGUCCGGUGGUUGGCGUAUGCGUGUUGCGCUUGCCAAGGCUCUUUUCGUCAAGCCUGCUCUGCUCUUGCUCGACGACCCCACUGCCCAUUUGGAUCUCGAGGCCUGUGUGUGGCUUGAGGAAUACAUGAAGAAGUGGGAGCGCACCCUGGUUCUCGUUUCCCACUCCAUGGAUUUCUUGAACGGUGUCUGCACAAAUAUGAUUGAUAUGCGUCAAAAGAAACUCCUCUACUACGGAGGUAACUACGACGCUUACCACAAGACCCGUUCCGAGCAGGAGGUCAACCAGACCAAGGCCUACGAGAAGCAGCAAGACGAAAUCAAGCACAUCAAGAAGUUCAUUGCUUCAGCUGGUACCUACGCCAACUUGGUCAGGCAAGCCAAGUCUCGCCAGAAGAUCCUGGACAAGAUGGAGGCCGACGGUCUCAUCGAACCCGUUGCUGUUGACAAGGUCUUCACUUUCCGCUUCGCCGACGUUGAGAAGCUACCGCCGCCCGUGCUUUCGCUUGACAAUGUCACCUUCUCCUACUCUGGAGAUCCAAAAGACAACCUGUACGAGAACCUCGACUUCGGUGUCGACAUGGACUCGCGAACAGCCCUUGUCGGACCCAACGGUGUUGGAAAGUCAACGCUGCUCAACAUAUUCACCGGAAAGCUCAGCCCUACAUCUGGUGUUGUAUCGCGCCAUACUCACUUGAAGCUCGGUGUUUACAGCCAGCACUCUGCUGAACAGCUCGACCUUACCAAGUCUGCCCUUGACUUUGUCCGCGACAAGUUCCACCACAUCAGCCAGGAUGUCCAGUACUGGCGUCAACAGCUCGGCCGCUACGGUAUGACUGGUGAGGCACAGACGUCCAAGAUGGCUACUCUGUCCGAUGGUCAAAAGUCUCGUAUCGUCUUCGCUCUGCUCGCUAUCGAGGGCCCCAACAUGUUGCUUCUUGACGAACCUACCAACGGUCUGGAUAUCCCCACUAUUGACAGUUUGGCUGACGCCAUCAACGCCUUCAGCGGUGGUGUCGUUGUUGUUUCUCACGACUUCAGAUUGCUCGACAAGAUUGCCAAGGAUAUCAUGGUUUGCGAACACAAGACUGUCCGUCGGUGGGAUGGUACCAUUGGCGAGUACAAGGAUCACCUCCGCAAGAAGAUGGCUUCAACUGGUGCUCUCUAA